AUGAAGGCCUGUCUCACUCAUGUAUUCGCGUGUCUCAUACGAGCGUGUUCCACGUCGGUCGUGACCUGCCACCAUGGUUCUUCUGCAGAGUGCCGUCUCUCUGAGCUGAGCAGGCAGGAAGGCAGCUGGCGACAGUGGUUGCGGCUGCUGUGCGGCAACAAGGAUCCCGGCCUGCUGGCCUUUGCCUUCUCUGCCCUCCAGGAUGCCAUUUCGAGGCGCGGUCUGGAUCUGUCCGCCCGCCAGGAGCUCCGCAGCAGCCUGCAGCACCUGCUGCUCUCCGCGCAGCAGCAACCGGCCUACGUGCGCAACAAGUUGUCGAAGCUGCUGGUAGACCUCGCUUGCGUCGACUGGCCGCACAAUGAACCCAGCUUCUUCGACGACAUUGCGCAGCUGUGCCAGUCCGAAGAGACUCGGCCGCUGGGUCUCCUUCUGCUGCAGACAACAUCGGAGGAAGUGGCCACUGCUCCACGCGGAAACGUAACCGCAGCCCGCUUGGACGAGCUGCGUCACCUGGUUGUGCAGCAGAUGCCCCGCAUGUGGGCAUUGAUAACAGGUGUGCUGAAGAGCGGCUCCGAUGGCGGCGUGAACAUUCACCGGGCACUUCAGUGUACGGAGCACCUGUUGAGCUGGUUGCCCCUGUCGGCCGUAGACCCAAAGCUCGUGGACGCCCUGUGCUGCCUCUGCGCGACAGCUGCAGCGUCGGCUUCUCAGGAAAGCCAAACGCAGGUUGACACCGAGGAGCUGGGUGCCUUGUCCCUAAGCUGCCUGUGCGAGGCCCUGUCGCGGGCUACAGCCUCUGACAUGGGAUCCGACUGCCUUCGGCUUCUUCAGCAGUUUGCCAUGGGCGCUCUGCAGGCUGCCAUUCCUUCUGCUGCGGCUGCUUCGUCGCACAACAGCUACCUCGACAAGCUGAUGGAGUUCCUACGCCUUUUCGUGAGUGCCAGCCUGCCAUGUUUUGAAGGCAACAGUCCUGCACUUCCUCAGCUGCUGUCUCUCCUGUACGAAUACACUUUUCGAGAGUCAAGUGCGGAGCGGUAUUGUGUCUGCCUGGAGAUGUGGGGCACGCUGCUGGUCCGGCUGGCGGCCCACCGGUCGGCCGACAGUUACCGGCCGCUGCUGCAGACGCUGGUGUCCCAGCUGUUGGCCAGGUGCUGCCAGGCGGAAGGGGCAGCCCAGUCUCUGCAGGAGCCGCAGCUGGCACUGGUUGCCAAAGCGGCCGAACUGACACCCCAGGAUGUCUGCGCUCAAGUGCUUUCGCUGCUGGAUCCAGAGCUCGACCAUUACCAGUCGCCUCACGGCGGCAGUGCAGCCGAGAGGUUGCGCAGUCUGUCUGCUGUGCUGCAAGCUCUGGGGCGGUUGGCCCCUCACCUGGACGUUAGCCUGGCACACACGACCACCACAAGGCUGUGCCAUGCUGCCAUCUACGGACGCCAGCUACUUGCCAAUGCAGAUGCUGCUAGGGCAGCCGAUGUUGCAAAUGCGCAGGCGCAUUUGUUGGCCUCUCUGCGAUUGCUCUGCACUUACCUAGGCAGCAAGUCUCCGCCUACAGAACUUGUGGUCGAGGCCGCCUUGCCUCCCAUCCUCGAACAGUGCCCCGAGAACGUGUGCCGAGCGGCUUGUGGCCUGCUGCUGUCGCUGAGCUCUAGCGUGCGGCCAGCGCAGCUCCUCUCUCUGGAGCCCAUGCAGCAGCUGUGCGAGCAGCUGUGCCAGGGGAGCCUACGACCGCUUAGCCCUCAGUGUGAACAGCUGGUAGUACAGGCGGCGCACGCAGCCUUGUGCCUGCCUUGGUCGGGCGUACCUGCUGCGGCGCAAUGCUGGGACCAGAGGGCCGUAGCGCAGAGCAGCUUGGUGAACGCCCUGGCACAGCCCCUGCUGCAGAAGCAGCCACCAGUUAACACAUCAUUAUUGGAAGUGCGAAACCACAUGCCAACAGCAAGAAAGUGUGAACAGCUGGUAGUACAGGCGGCGCACGCAGCCCUGUGCCUGCCUUGGUCGGGCGUACCUGCUGCGGCGCAGUGCUGGGACCAGAGGGCCGUAGCGCAGAGCAGCUUGGUGAACGCCCUGGCGCAGCCCCUGCUGCAGAAGCAGCCACCAGGUGAGCCAGUGAACCGUAGCCUGAGGUUACUGAGAGCCUUGGUGGAAGUGCUGGAAGGUUCAGGAAGUCGGUCAAAGCAGGUUGCCAGCACUGGUCUUGCCCCAGUAUGGCCACUUCUGUUGGAACGCCUGCCAGCGACCUUGCAAGCUGGUGUGGAGGACCCAGUGUUGGGCGUGCUGGCGUGCCUCGUGCGGGUGAUGGCGGCGCAGAUGGGAGCUACCAGGGUGGGUCCCCUGCUGGCUGUCCUGGAGCAGCGGGUGUCCCGAGAGUGCGAGGAGGCGAAGUCCGCCAUAAACGGACUCGAGUGGCUCCUGGCGCUCUUGCUGCCCCUCGUUAGGGAGCCCAGUCUCGGCGAGUUCCUGCCCGCCGUUCUGAGGCUCUGCCUGGACCAGGUCCACCCGCGGCUUGCUCAGUGUCCCGCACUGGUGCCUGUGCUGGGGCCGCCGCUGUUUGAGCUGCUGGAACAGUGCCUGGUGUGCCACUGGCGCCGGUUCUUUCCCGGUGGCGUGGCGGCCCCCGAGGAGCUGCACAACGGGCUUGAGUUUGGCCGGCUGCUAUCCGCGUACGGCUGGUCCCUGCGGAUGGGCGAACCGGGCCUCGUGCGCCAGAACCUGUUGGCCCUGUCGGCGCUCAACCGCCGGUGUCGACUCUUCCACAAGGCAGCCUUUCGAGAGUGCUUUUUAGGUCAGUUCGUGGAGGCCCUGCUGAGCUGCCUGGUGUCGUCGCCCGUGCGCGAUCUGCUCAGGGAUGAGUUUCAGCAGCUGCUGUUCGAACUGGCUGCCGUGGAUUUUGAGAUGUUCUACGGCCACCUCCUUCCGGCACUGAUUCCACCCGAGCCGCUGGCGAGUCUCGCGUGGGAGCGCGACUUGCCCUCUUUCUCUCGACAGAUGGAGCGUCUCGUUGGUGACUUGCGCCGCGCCGCUGGCUGAUGACCGGGGAGUUGGCAGGCGGGGCUUGAUUGAUGAGUAACACCUUAAGGUGGAAGUUUUGGACGGUCGAGAAACUUCUAAAUUCAACGGGUUCGAGCCCCAACAGAGUCAGUCUGGGGCAACGAACUGAGCAACCGUGAUGCUGUGAUGUCCAUGACCAAAUUGGGUGCAGUGGAGCACCUACGGCACAUGACUGUACUUUGUCUCACAUGGAUAUUGCCGGGCUGCAGCUGCCGGCACUCUCACGACCAACGAGCCGGUGCAUUUCCCCCAUUCCCCCCAACCCCCUAGAGUUGUGUACUUGCAAAAGAUGCCAGUGAGUUUACUGUUACACGAAUAAAUAACUAAGAACUCCUGUGUAUCCGUAGCUUGGAUGAACAAUUUUAAUUAUUGACGACGUGUUUCACCUGAUGUGCGCUGAUACAUGUGCCUUCUGGUAAAAAAAAAACAAUCUUGUCUCGUUUCCUUAUGAGUUGUGCAAGUCUCUUGUGCACAACUUAUUCACAUCUUGUGAGGUCAAUCUAGUUUUGUUAGUCAUUGCAUGACCUUAUCAUUGUUAUUGUUACAGCUAAACCUCGUAUCAAAUUUGCAUGUGAUACGAGAGUACCAUCAUCAAUUUAAGAAAAGAUAAACGUAUAUUAGUCAGUGCAAAAUGUCGAAGUUGUGCUUGUGUGCUUUGUUAUAAUUGAGAACCCGCUUGAUUGGUGUUCUUUAUGUGAAUGUUUUGCCGUAUGUAGCGGCAAAUUUGUUUAUUUGAGAUCUCAAUAACUUGCUGCACGCUCUGUUGAAAAGCCAAAAAAAUGACAAGUCAUUCGCCGAAUGUUAGCAUUUUGGGCGCGUGGAAGUCUUGCUUCUUCCGUGUGCUCAUUAUUGUGGUG